AUUCCAAUGGUCCCCUGCUCCCCUCCAAUUACUUUCAGCCGUCGGGCAAUUGUCAAUGUGGAAUGCCAUUAUGACAAUUUUAACGUUUAAGCAAAACCCCCACUAGAAGAUACCAUGGGUUUUUUAUGGAGGGAUCUAGGAAAUUCAUUCUUAUCUCACGCUCUCAGUUAUCUCCUGCACAUUUCUUUUGUCCAUUAGCUUAACUCACAUUGAUCUUUACCACAGUUCACUUGGAACUUGUUCAUUACCCUUCCUCUUUGCCUUCAUCAACAAGAGAUUACUCUACUAAUAAUCACACACAAAUUGGUGAAAGAAGCAGCAUUUUCUUUGUUUUUUUUUUUUUUUUUUAAUGUUCAGUAAGGAAUCCAUGUUGCAGAGAUCUGGACUGGCUAGACAUUUCUUUGAGAAACCUUCAUGGCGGCCUCCUCCAUUGAAAAGAAAAACUCCUACUACCACUGCUCUUCUUGUCUUAACCGUUUUUCUCAUGGCUGCUUUUGUUACAUAUUCCUCAUGGAUUGACACUUCUGGGGAUUUUCUCGAGCAUUCAACGGACAAGACCGUGGUAAUAUCAGAGAAACCAAAAAUUGCAGUACGGAGGAUUGAAAUCCCACUGAAAUGCACCAAAAAUAAAAACCAGACACAAACAUGUCCAAAGAAUUAUUACCCCAAGACAUUCCAAACGGAAGACAUUGACCCUUCGUUAAACCCUAUUUGCCCUGAUUAUUUCAGAUGGAUCCACGAAGAUUUACGGCCCUGGAAAACCUCGGGGAUCACCCGGGACAUGGUGGAAAGAGCUAACAGAACAGCAACAUUUCACCUCGUAAUCAAAGGAGGAAAAGCCUACGUUAAAAACUUCAGAAAAGCCAUUCAAACAAGAGAUGUUUUCACCAUCUGGGGCAUCUUACAACUCCUCAGGAAGUACCCCGGAAAGCUACCGGACCUUGAAAUCAUGUUCGACACUGAAGAUAGGCCGGUGAUUAAAUCAAGGGACUACAAAGGACCAAAUGCAACAGCCCCACCACCAUUGUUUCGCUACUGUGGAGAUAAAGAAACGUUGGAUAUAGUCUUUCCUGAUUGGUCCUUCUGGGGAUGGGCUGAGAUAAAUAUAAAACCAUGGGACAGCAUAUUGAAAGAUAUUAAAGAGGGAAAGAAGAGGAAAUGGAUAGAUAGGGAACCAUAUGCCUACUGGAAAGGGAAUCCAUUUGUGGACGAGAAAAGGCAGGACCUUCUUAAAUGUAAUGUCACUGAUCAACAGGAGUGGAAUGCUCGCCUGUUUAUCCAGGACUGGAUCCUUGAAAGCCAGCAAGGUUUUAAACAAUCCAACGUUGCAGAUCAAUGCACAUAUAGGUACAAGAUCUACAUUGAAGGGUAUGCAUGGUCUGUUAGUGAAAAAUACAUUCUGGCCUGUGAUUCUGUUACAUUGAUUGUACAGCCUCAGUUCUAUGACUUCUUCAUGAGAAGCAUGCAGCCUGUGGAGCAUUACUGGCCUAUAAGGAAUGAUGACAAAUGCAGAUCCCUUAAGUUUGCUGUGGACUGGGGCAACAAUCACAAAAAGAAGGCACAUGAAAUAGGAAAAGCAGCCAGUAGCUUUAUGCAGGAGCAGCUAAAAAUGGACUACAUUUAUGAUUACAUGUAUCAUUUGUUAAAUGAGUAUGCCAAGUUGUUGAAAUUUAAGCCAAGAAUACCUGAAGGAGCCAUGGAGUUGUGCUCAGAGGUAAUGGCUUGUCAAGCAGAAGGGCUCGAAGGGCGAAAAAAGAAGUUCAUGAUGGAAUCAUUGGUGAAAGGUCCUUCAAUCACAAAUCCGUGCACCUUGCCACCUCCUUAUGACACUCGAGCUCUUGCAGCAUUUCUCAGAAGAAAAAAUAACUCAAUAUUGCAAGUGAAGAAAUGGGAGAAAGGUUAUUGGGAAAGUCUAACAAGCAGUAGUUGAUGCCUGGUUUUUUCUUUUUUUCUUUUUGUCAUGAUGAAUCUAGACAACUAUACUUUUGGUUUAUGUCCACUCUUAAGAAAUACAUGACUGAACCCUUUACAGCAA